CUUUCCAUGCAUGUGUUUGAUGUCGUAUGAACGAAGAUUCACGAAUACCUUCGAUAAGUUUGAUAGCGCGCGAGAAUUAUUCUUCUCACACUACAAAACUUUUCCUGCACGCUAUCGCACCACUUAUCUUGUGUAAAGAUUCAAUUUUUUAUAUAUAAAAAUCUUGCAGAGACCAGAAUUCAAAAACAAUACGCAGGGAUGCAUGUGCCUCACUAUUGUAACUUUUAGCAACUAAUUUUGAAGGCGACGAUAGUGGGGUACUUUUUCAGCCAUUUUCCGACUUUUCUCACUUUUUCGCCGUUUCCUAUUAAAACGAUAUAGAACUUCUACGUAAAAAAUCUGCCCGCGGCGCUACUACUUUCAGCAUAUUUAGUGUUCCUACUAUUCUGAUGAGGAAAAUUCAUCUGGGACCACAACCGUCUCUGAAUUUUCCGUUUUCGAUUCUAGAUUAUCACUUGUUGACUUUUGUCUUUCCAAUCGUAAUUUCUAGCCUUUUAAAAUAUUUCAAUGUCCUGACCUCUAUUCGACAGAUAAUGGUAAUCUUGGUUACAACGGCAAUAUUUAGUUUUUCCUUAAAGAACCUAUUCCAUAUUUUCACACAUUCAAUGGAAUCCACUGUUUAUACCAACGCACUGCUCCUAGCAUGAACACUACUUUGACCGAGGAUUUGUCAGUCCAUUGUUUUAUUUUGUGCUACUUCGACACACACACACGCAUAUAUAAAACGCGGAGCUAACUUCAUCGCGUACAACUGACGGUUUCAUUUGUUUUUAAUUGAAAAUUUUUAAACAGCACCACGGCUAACGACGCGAAAACGUUUUUUCAUAAUUAUUUGUGAAAACUUCUGAAAAAAUUAUCGAAAUGGUGCUACAGUGCUGCGUAAAAGGUUGCGAAACUGUUGGAAACAAUAAUUUUCAUAGUUUUCCAACAAAUAAGUUGAGGGCCGAAAAAUGGAUUGCUGCAACGAAAGCUUUCCAUUUGGUUGAACGGUUGAAUGCCAACAAAUUGGCGAAUUCGUAUUACAAAGUUUGCAGAAAGCAUUUCGACGGGUCAGACUUGACCAAGAACGGAAAAGGACAGAUUGUGGUGAAACCAGAUUGCUUGCCGAGUCUGUUCCUGCCCAAUGAAACUGUCGUUCCACCAGCUUCAGCGAUAGCAUAUGGUUCACAACAUCAGCGUUCACUGGCAACGAACAAAUUGACGAAACCGGACGAACAGGUUGAUGAUACCGACAAAGCCGUAAAUGUGGUCAAAUUGAUAUCCGAGGAGGAGCUAAGAAAUCAUCAGAAGACUGCUCGUCAGACCGCCAACUGCUCCAAAGUUACAGAAGUCACGGUUUGUGUGUACGUUUGGUGUCGGUGCGGUCAUACUAUGUUUCGUUUCGUUUCCAACGAUCAACAGGUGAAUGAGAUCGACAGCGACGUACAUGUGGUUGAUGGGAUAUCCGGAAAUCACCCCGUAAAUCAAGAGAACAGUGCUCGACAGACCGACAACUGCUCCAAAGUUACAGAAGUCACGGUUUGUGUGUCCGUUUGGUGUCGGUGCAGUCUUGUUAUGUUUCGUUUUGUUUCCAACGAUCAACAGGUGAAUGAGAUUGAGGUGAUAUCCGUAAAGCACCCAGUAAAUCAACAGAAAAGUGCUCGUCAAACUGCCAAUCGCUCCAAAUCAAGCCCUAAAGCCUCGAUAACAAUGAACGUAUCACGGUCGAGUAAGUUAAGUUAUUACAAACGUCGUGCUAAGGAACUGCAGCAGAGAGUAAAAGAAAACAAGAUCAACGACUCCACAGUUUUGAACUAUUUAAAGACGAAGUUCAAUGAACAACUGCUGGAGUUCGUUGACAUGCAAUUGAAGAACUGUGGACGCUCGAAACACGGUCGACGUUACACACCCAAGCAGAAAAGUCUGUGCUUAGCGAUGUAUAAGCAGGGGCCAAAAGCAUAUCGCUUCAAUGAAAAAUGGUCCUGUCUGCCGACCAGACGAACAUUGGGCCGCUACAGCGCACAAUUGAUUUUCAAAUCCGGAGUCGACGAGAAAAUUCUUGCUGCAGUGAAAAACAUCGUCACAAACUGGCCUGCAAGCGACAAGUACUGCACAUUCGGUUGGGACGAAGUGUCUCUGAACGAACACUUAGAUUACUGUCAGUCGAUGGACAAAAUCGAGGGUUUCGUAGAAAUGUGCAAGCCAAAAGUGCCCAUUUUUGCGACACAUGCAUUGACCUUUAUGGUGCGUGGAAUUGCGGUACCCUACAAACAGUCCGUCGGAUACUUUUAUACGAAUGGUGUGAAGUCCUUUGAAUUGGUCGAAUUGGUUAAGUUAAUGAUAGAACGAGUAUCCACAACAGGACUGAAGCCGAUUCUCUCUGUGUGUGACACAUGCAAUGUAAACGCGAACACAGUGAAUGAAUUGGUUUAUCCUCGUGCGAACCAAACGCAACAAACUGGCCAAUUACUGCAGUACAAAGUAAACGGACAUAGGAUAAUACACACAUACGAUCCAUCACACCUCAUAAAGGUGAUUCGAAAUAAUUUCGAAGUGAAAAAUGUCGCACAUUUUAUUUCUGAACGAUGGCAACCUGGCUGCGCAGAUUAUGCUGGUUCAAUUCAAAUCGCGGCGUGGGAUGAUAUAAACCAAUUGUACCGUAUGGAUAUACGUGCUGUACGGAGCGUGUUACCUAAGCUAACAGAUGAACACUUGAAGCCCAACAAAUUGAAAAUGAAGGUGUCUGUUGCGACUCAAGUGUUCAGCAACACGUGCGGAACCGUGAUGCUAGAAUGUGUGGAUAAUGGAAAGGUGCCGGAAGAUUUCGCCACUACUGCACGUUUCAUUUUGUUCGUGAAUGACUUAUUUGACAGCAUUAAUGGUUGUGAUAAGUACCCUGUUGAUUCCCUCAAGAGUGCCGUAACGCCAAUGUCGAUACACUCAGAGUUCUGGGAAUAUGCGCUGGUCAUGCUGGAGAAUAUGUUUUUUGUCGACAAAGGCACCGGCGAAAGGAACAAUCGUUCUUCCGUACUGAAGAAGUUCGAGUCUACUAUUAGAGGCUAUCAGGACGUCGCGAGGACAUGUUUUCAGGCUGGCAUUCCGAAACUCGAAAUAAGGUAUCACGUCAACUUAAUUAAACGAAUUGAUAUGCUCUGAUAUUUGCUUGAGCCUCGGCUUGAGCAACAAG